AUGUCUGCGGUGGAGCGCAUUUUGAGUGCGGCCAACCUCUUCGCUCGACUGGAGCUGGCCGUGGAACUUGUGGACGUCGCGACCGUGCGCAGUCACUACCGGCGACUGGCCCUGGCUGUCCACCCGGAUAAGUGCUCAGACGCCAAGGCCAAAGACGCCUUCCAGGCACUCAGCGAGGCCUUCGAAAAGUUAUCCUCGGAGGUGGGCCAGAAGCAGUGCCUCAAAGAGGCGGGCAUCUUCCAGGGCAAGGCCCGACAAGCGCAGCGGCCACAGCCGCAGGACGACACCAAGGCCCACUGGUGGGACACUAAGACCUGGGAGGAGUUCGAGGAGAGGCUGCGCCAUCGGCAGCGGGCGGAGGAAGCAUUAACGCGGCAGUACAGCAGUGGUCUACGCGCACGUUUUGCCACCUUCAAAGUCCGAAACUAUGUGAAAGCUGCGGAAAGGGCAGUGGAACAUUUGGAUCGACAGAAGGAGCUGCCCGAGAGCCCGCUGUGGCCCCCAGAGUCCACGCAGGCGGCCCGGGACCUCGAGGAGGAGGUGGCAAAGGCUCGGCAGACAGAGCCCUGGCCAGGCGCGGCAAACGAGCUCCUGCCUGACUAUCAGGAGCGAGCUGAGCUGAAUGACGCAGCGCUGGCCAUUCAAAGGCUGCUAGAGCUCAUGACGCAUCUCCGGACCGUCCACCUCUACUGCAUCUAUUGCGGCUGCACCUACGACUCCCCGGCAGACAUGGACCGGAACUGCCCGGGGAUAACAGAGGAGGAGCACGACGAGGCCAAGUCCUUUGGCGUGCGCACCUCGGAGGAGACUUGCGUGGAGGCACAUGUGCCAGACGAGGGCGAGGACCCGUUGGAGGCAUACAUGGCGACCAUCAACGCCGAGCUGCCCAAGCAGAAGAAGCGGAGACGCUGA